UUCACCCCUUUCCAAAUGGGGCAAAGUUAUUUUUGUGAUUACUGCGGUUGUUUUAUGAAAAGUGACUUGAAUGUGCGGAAGCUGCACAACAAUGGCAUAUCUCACACGGUGGCCAAGUAUCGGUACAUGCGGCGCUUUGAAGAUCCCGCUAAAAUUUUGGCAGAGGAGCGUCUAAAGAAACCAUGUCAGCGCUAUUUUAAGGGAUACUGCAAGUUCGAUCUGUAUUGCAAUUAUGGUCAUUAUAGUGAAAGGGAGUUCAAGAAGCUGGAAAAGCUAGUUGGAGCGCAGAAGAACUCGAAAACUCGCAAGCGAAAAGCAAAGAAAUGGCCUUGGAGAACACAUCAGAUUGGUCUACCACCGUCCCUGCGUCCAAUGGAAUUGGCGAAGCUCAAGAAAACCAAUUUUGAACUAAACUGGGGCUAAACAUAUUUAAU